AUGGCAAGCAAAGGGAAGAGCACAGCCGUGACCAAAGAUUACGGCAAACGAACAGCAAUUGUUACGGGAUCUGCACGGGGAAUUGGAAAGGCAAUUGCAAUCAGACUAGCUGAAGAUGGCUUCGACGUCUGCAUAAACGACAUUGCAGCAAAUAAGGCCGGGAUUGAAGAAGUACUUCCUCCCUCACCCACUUAUCCCAAAUCUCCAAGAGUAUUCUUCGAAACCAGCAGACUAACCUCUUCCUCCUCUAAGACCGUCAAAAAAAUCCAGUCCCUCGGCCGCUCCUCCUACGGACACGUCGCGGACGUCUCCAAACUUUCUGAAGUCGAAGCCCUGAUCGCAGCUUCCGUCAAGAACCUCGGCCCGCUCAACGUCAUGAUCGCCAACGCGGGUAUCGCGCAGGUGAAAGCACUGCUGGAUUUGAGCGAGGAUGAUGUGAGGAGGAUGUUUGAGGUUAAUGUGUUUGGCGUGUUUAAUUGCUAUAGUGCGGCAGCAAAGCAGAUGAUUAAGCAGGGUGGUGGAGGUAAGAUUGUGGGUGCUGCGAGGUAA